AUAUUGUUCUUCAACGCCCGUGAUGGUGUGGCCUGUUGUUCCGUCUUCCUCUGUCAUGCACAACUUCCUGCGGCGCUCCCAUGCGUCCUUUGACCUGCUGUCAUGUGGCUCGUCCUUGGUGGACAUCGUCAGCCAUGUGAAGCACCUUCCCACUGCCCACCACACCACAUACCUCCACCGCAAAAACUUGGCGCAUGAAGUCGUUGCUGGUGGAGCGAUGAACCACUUGGCAUGGUGCCAAGCGCUAGGCCUCAACUCGGGUCUGUUGGCGUUCCAGGGUGCAGACAAGUAUGGCGACAUGAUCCGAGAAAAGUUGCAUGAACAUCAAGUGAACACGGACUUUCUUGUGCAGAAGGAAGACUUUGAGACGACUGUGUCACGGACGUUCGUGGCGGCGUCGGGGGAUUCGUGCUCGAUCCUCUCGGGCGGGUCGAUGCUGGAACUUCCCCAGCACGCCAUGAAGUUGUUCUUCGCCGAACCUCUGCAGCAUGCCAAGUGCGUGUCCACCGAGAUCCGGCACGUGCCGCUGGCCAGCGUCGAAGAAACGCUCGAUUUGGCCAGUCACUCGGUCCGAUUCCUCGACCUCGCGACGCCGCCGUCCGUCGCCGUGCACGACGCGGGACUGGGCGACUGGGAAACCUUGGAGCGAUGUCUGGCCAAAGCCACCGUCGUCCGGGCGUCCGUGGCCGCGGCGCGCGAACUCGUCGAUGAUUCUGCAUCCCGUACUGAUCAAGACAUUGCGCAUCGUCUGCGGGACAAGUUUGGCAUUCCAUUCGUGGCCCUGACCAACGAUGUGAACGGCGUCGUGUUGGCGUUCGCGUCCGGGGGUGGCAACGACGGCGCUUGCACCGCCGUCGUGGCAUGGCCCAGUUCGUCCGGCGCCGACCUCCAAGGCGCGGACGACGCCUUCUUCAGCGGUCUCAUCGCCGGCGUCCACCGCUGGGGGAUGCCGGACGACCACUCGUCGGCGGUCCGCCUAGCGACGCUGGCAGGCUUGAUCCGAGGCGCGUGCGUCGAUACUGUCGGCGCGUGGCCAUCUCCAGAAACAGCCGACCGGUUGCAGCGGCUGCUGGUGCUGCCCACGGCUUCCCCUCCCGUACCUGUGGUCAAGACAAGGGCGCAGUCAGUGGAGGCGAUGAUGAUGCCGUUUGCCAAGGCGAUCGAAGGACCCAACUCGUCACUGACUCGAGAUAUAGACGCGCUCUUGGUAAGAUAUCGUGAUGAUCCCUACCUACCUAUAUAUAUAUAUAUAUAUUGUUCUUUUAUCCAACCAUUUGUUGGCCUCGUUUGUGCUGACAAAUCUAUGUAUCGAAUUAUUCGAUAGACUGAUUAUAUAUUGAUGCCAAAAGUUAUAUAUUGUUAUAUAUAUGGUGCUUGUAAACACAACACUAAAAGGAAUCACGAUGCCAUGAUAUCAUAUUCUGUCGGCAUAAAAAUCGAUUCUUUCUGUGUAUACACUUGGUUUUUUAAAAUUCGCUCCAGCAGUUAUGCAAAAUCAACACAACCAAUAUACAUAUAUAUAUAUAUAGGAUGCGCUCAUGUAACUAUGAAUAUUAGAACUUGCGGAGGUUGUUUCAUAAUCUGGAAUACGCGACACACUUUGAGUCGUUUGUCCAGCGCAUCAUCUGUUGUCGGGAGAAUCGCAAUCGGGUGUACACGACCGGGAUUGGCAAGUCGGGGAUUGUAGCCAAGCGAUUUGCGUCUACUUUAAGCUCGCUCUCAAUCCCAUCCCAAUGGAUCCACGGCAGCGAAUGGACACACGGCGAGCUGGGUAACCUCCUGCCUGGAGACGUCGUCGUUCUGUUCAGCAACAGCGGCAAAACGCCCGAGCUCGUGAACCUGCCCAAUGUAUUUCGCCAGUUUGACUGCGAUGUGUUGUGCCUCGUGGGCAACGACGACAGUCCGCUGUACCACGCCAGUGACUUCAAGAUUUUCACACCCGCCAAGGACUGCCUGUUUGACAGCGUCCCUGCCCGAAGCAUCGUCGCACAGGAGGCCGUGUGCAAUGCAGUCGCAGAGUCGGUCGUGGCCAUCACGGGCAUCCAGCGCGCCACGUUCAAGAAGAAUCAUCCUGGCGGCAACAUUGGCGCGGCCGCCGCAAAAACGAAUACUUCUCCGUCCAACCCACAAUUGGGCAAGUAAGUAGGUAGUAAGUAGUAGUACGUAGGUAGGGAGAGAGAGAGAGGUCGAGAGCUGGUGUAGAUAGACGGAAGCGUAGGUGGUAUUUUAUAAGACAACUGGUCAUAAGUUAUGUAGACACACGCAA